AGGAUCAAGAAUCGGCUGUAACUUUACAAACCUCUUACCGAGGGUGGAGCAAGGACCAAACUGAGCGCUCCUACGGGGGCAGCUCAAGUGAUACAGCUUCCCCCACUAGCCCCGAUCUUCUCUCUGGCCUCACCCCUGCGCUCGUGUGGGUUCGUGUUCUGAGAUGGGAUGCGUGUAGUAGGACGCUCUGAGAGAGAGAAAGGCUGACAGAUUUUGGGAGGAAGCUUCCUUUUUUCCCAAAGCUUUGAACUGAAUACCUGCUGACACACUUUUACAAUCCAGAAGAUGGCAUAGCAACGGAGCCAGCCUUCCACCAAACUGGGGUCCCUCUGUGUUCUGCCGUUGGACUGAUGUGAAGCUUUUGUUUUGGGCUGAAGGAGCUUGUCCACUGCUUGUCCUGAAAGCCAUUCAUGAGCCAGCAGGAUGUGGUUGCCGUGCUUUCAGAACGCCUUCUCAUAGCUGCAUAUAAAGGGCAAGUGGAUAAUGUUGUGCAGCUUAUCAACAAGGGUGCCAAGGUAGCCGUUACCAAGCAUGGGCGCACAGCUCUCCAUCUUGCAGCUCACAAGGGCCAUCUUGGUGUUGUCCAGAUUUUACUCAAGGCAGGCUGUGAUCUGGACCUUCAGGAUGAUGGUGAUCAGACAGCUUUGCACCGAGCUACUGUUAUAGGGAAUACUGAUGUAAUAGUAGCUCUUAUCCAUGAAGGGUGUGCUUUGGACAGACAAGACAAGGAUGGGAACACAGCUCUCCAUGAAGCCUCUUGGCAUGGAUUCAGUCAGUCUGCCAAACUGCUUGUUAAAGCAGGAGCUAAUGUUCUUGCCAGAAACAAGGCAGGCAAUACGCCAUUGCACUUGGCUUGCCAAAACAGUCAUUCGCAAAGUGUUCGGGUUUUGCUGCUUGGAGGCUCUCGGGCAGAUAUUAAAAACAAUGCAGGAGAUACCUGUUUGCAUGUUGCAGCGCGUUACAAUCACUUACCCAUCAUUAGGGUGCUCCUCAGUGCUUUCUGUUCGGUCCAUGAAAAAAAUCAGGCCGGUGAUACAGCCCUUCAUGUAGCUGCUGCACUAAAUCAUAAAAAAGUGGCCAAACUCUUGUUGGAAGCAGGAGCUGAUGGGACAGUUGUUAACAACGCUGGUCAGACCCCGCUAGAGGUUGCCAGAGAACACAACAACCCUGAGGUUGCCCUUCUGCUCACCAAGGCUCCACAGGUUUCACGCUUUAAUCGUGGCAGAAGCUUGAGGAAGAAGAGGGAAAGACUCAAAGAAGAAAGGCGAGCUCAGUCAGUGCCAAGAGAUGAAGUGGUUCAGAGCAAGGCCAGUGCCUCAGCUGCAGAUGAUACUCACAGCAGUUACCAGGUCCCUCAAGGGAUAUGUGACUUGAAAGAUGAAGCCCAGCUGCCUUUGUCAGAGCUCAAAGGAACAAAGAAUAAAAAGAAGAAACUGAGAGAAAAGGUUUCAGCACACUCAGAUCCCACAUCACCAGCUGACCAGCAGAUGCCUCCUGCCCCACAGCAGAACUUGCCCAAACGCAGAAGUAGACACCGUUGUGCAUCACCCCCACCACCUCAUGAAUUCAGAGCCUACCAGUUAUAUACACUCUACCGUGGAAAGAAUGGGAAGAUCAUGCAGGCCCCAAUAAAUGGAUGCCGUUGUGAGCCACUGAUAAAUAAAGUAGAGAAUCAACUUGCAGCAGCUAUGGAAGAAAUAAAAGCUGAAUUUGUGACCGUGCAGGAUAAAAUGAAUAGCAAACUAGGACAGAUGGAAAACAAAACACAGCAUCAGCUCCGUGUUUUAGACAAACUGAUGGCUGAGAGAUUGUCAGCAGAAAGGACAGAGUGCCUUCAUCGCCUUCAGCAGCAUGCUGAGUUGGAAAGAAGUGAAGGGGAGAAGCGGCAGGUUUCAUUGGUGGGGGAUUUGAAAGCAUGGUGCAUGUUAAAAAUUCAGAAUCUGGAACUGAAGCUUUCUGGAGAUUCUAGAUCUUCAAGACCAAAAUCAAUGCAGUCCACAUGUGAAUCUCUCACUGAAACCCUGGAUACGGAAAAUCUUCAUAGUACAAAGGACUGUAAAACGAGCCAGACUCCACUGCAGUCAGACGAUUCACACCAGCAUUCUUGCAUUGCUCUUCAGAAUAGUCUUUCAGAAGAUACAAGUAGGAGUCAAGUGCAGACGACAGAACAAAGCUUUGGGAAGCAAUAUUUUGUCGUUCAACAAGCCAGCACAUCAGGAACAGAGCACCAGGUAGUGACUGCUGGCCCUACUCCUUCUGCAGCAUCUCCUCAAGUUGUGAGGCCUAAGGACAAAGGAGGUUACAGCAGACUGCAACAGGAAUUGCCAUUGUCUGAGUACUCAGGUUCCAAAUUAAGGCAUGUUAAAGUUCAAACUGUUUCACAGGCCUCUGCUGAAUGUAUAAAGCUGGAGUCACAGAGUAGCUACUGUGUGGACAGAGGAACUCAAACAAAGAAAUCAGGCAGAAGUGGUCAGUUGAAGCACAGGCCCCACCAACAUGUGGCAGCUCACCCUGUGCAGCACCAGCAGCCGCUUGCUAUACCUGAAGGAAACCAGCCCAGCCCUCAGCUUGGAAGCACUUCUCAGGCACUGGAAAUCACACAGUAUUUCUUUGAGGCUGUUUCGUGUCAGAUGGAGAAGUGGUAUGAAAGGAAGAUUGAGGAAGCUCGGAAACAAGCUGACGAGAAAGCCCAGGAAGAUAAAGCAGCCCUUAAAGAACACAUUAAAAGUUUGGAAGAGGAACUUCAUAAGUUAAGGACUAAGGCGCAAAAAGAAAAUUAGUCUGUGACCAUGAAAGACACAUUAUAUUUUUACAAACAGCAAUUAAGCUAAUUUUGGAAAGGGACAAGCUGUACCACACUUGUUGGAUUCAUACCUGUUCAGGUGGUCUGUUCAUCCAGUAACUGAAGAGUUAUUGCAAAGGAAUCUGUAUCUCCUUCCUCAGCGUAGCACUUCUGUUGUGGGGAUACUUCAUUUUUUUCCUAGCUGGAAAAAAAAAUCAUCCCCAAAUACUAUACCAGUAGUGAUAAUCAUCCUGUAGAGAAUGUAGUUGUAUCACCCAUCAGUGCCAAUGUGGUGAUCACUGUAGUGAUGAAUGACACCAGCCCCUCUUUUUCCCCUCCCCAAUUUGUGAAAUUGUUUUAUACAUUAAAAAUAGCAUUCUCUUGCUA